AUGGAUGUAGGUUGUUGUUGUAUUGAACUUAUUGAUAGAGAUGGCGUGUUUAAUCAUUCUGCCAUGAAAUAUUUCAUGAGGGCAACAAACAUGGAUAAAGGUGGACUGGACUAUGCGGUUGUCUCUAUGUUGGGUAAAAAACAAAGUGGAAAAAGUACUCUUUUAAAUCAUUUGUUUGGCACGGAUUUGUAUGAAAUAAAUCAUUUAAAAGAAAGGCCGCUGACUACUAAAGGUAUUUGGUUGGCAAAAUGCACCAACAUAAAUACAUUUACAGUGGUCUUGGAUAUGCAGGGUGCCGAUAAAAAGGACAGUAGACAGGAUGGUAGUGAAUUAGAAAAGCAAAGGAUCACUUUUGCACUAGCAGUUUCAGAUAUCGUGCUCAUAAAUAUGUGGUGCCAUGAUAUUAUUAGUACACAAGAAUUAGCUACAGACCAAUGCCUCUUGAAGACAGUAUUUGAGAUACGGGAUAGCAUACUCAAACCAUACCAAAAGCUAAAUGACUUCUUCAGAAUCGAGGUGGUGGCUCUUGCAAGCUAUAAAGAGAACAAAAAGUUGUUCAAAGAACAGGUUGCGAUUUUGAGAAAAUUGUAUCCUUAUAUCCCAUUGGGCCGGUUGGAUGCAGUCGGCAACAAUUCUUAUCCAGCUUCAGAAUUUUCAAUCGGUACGCAAGAGAUUUGGAAUGAUAUCAAGGAUAAUAAAGAGCUUAAUCUUAUUCUUCACAGGGAAUGGCUCGAAAUUAAGAGAAAUAUGCGAAAUAAUGAGAUGGUUCCUGGGCUUAUAGAAAAACUUUUUAUGAUUUUUGACAAGUAUCUGACUCUUUAUGACAGACGAGCUUGUUUCUUUAGACAAGAUAUUAGGGAAUUGAAGAGAAACGGAUUACAAUGCAAGCUUAAUCAGACGACUAAUUAUCAAAGCAACGAAAGAGGCAAGAAAGUUUGCCGCCAUUGGGCAAUUAUGGCUUUAGGUUUGCUAGGAUUUAAUGAGAUGAUGACACUUUUUCGAUUUUUCCAAUACCAUUACUACAUUGCCCUUAUUACAUUUGCAGUCCUGUUGUAUAAUACAUUAAGUGAUUAA